GCUGCUAUGGAAAGAUGUGAUCAGUCCGACGGGACGAGGCUCUUCUGCGCGGCGAAGCUUUGCUUUUCCAACACCCAAACAAACUCGCCUUUUCACCCACACACCGCUUCGUGGCGUGGGAAUAGCCGUUUAUGCGCCACUCCUGAGAAGAACGCUGGGCAGAGAUGUCGGCGGUUUUGUAGACGGCAGAGGAGGAUUCCCCCCCGGCGGUUUUAGCUCGAGAUCUACAGAAUGUCUAAGCGCUGUUCUUCUGAGAGAGGGGCAGGGGAGUCAUCCGGCAGGGCCAGCAAGCUCCUUUGUCCUGGGAUAUCUGGCAACAAUGCUAAGAGAGCUGGCCCCUUUGUCUUAGGGCCCCGUCUGGGGAAUUCUCCUGUGCAGAGCAUAGUGCAGUGUUUGGCCAGGAGAGAUGGGACGGAUGAUUUCUACCAGCUAAAAAUUCUGACCCUAGAGGAGCGAGUGGAUGCAGCCGGGGAGACACAAGAGGAGAGGCAAGGCAAAAUGCUGCUGCACACAGAGUACUCAUUGCUGUCUCUGCUCCAUAACCAGGAUGGAGUGGUGCACCACCAUGGCCUCAUUCAGGAUCGCUCCUAUGAGAUUGUGGAGGACAUGGAGUCCAAUAAGGUGCGCAAGAUGAAAAAGCGUAUCUGUCUGGUGCUGGAUUGCCUGUGCGCUCAUGACUUUAGUGACAAAACAGUUGACCUGAUCAACUUGCAACAUUACGUCAUCAAGGAGAAGAGGCUGAGUGAGCGCGAGGCCAUUGUCAUCUUCUAUGACGUAGUGCGAGUUGUGGAGGCGUUACAUAAGAAGAACAUUGUGCACAGAGACUUGAAGCUUGGAAACAUGGUGCUUAACAAAAGAACUCAUCGGAUCACGAUCACCAACUUCUGUCUGGGUAAACAUUUGGUGAGUGAAGAAGAUCUACUGAAGGACCAGAGAGGCAGCCCAGCCUAUAUCAGCCCCGAUGUCCUGAGCGGUCGGCCAUACCGUGGAAAGCCCAGUGAUAUGUGGGCUCUUGGUGUGGUACUGUUCACCAUGCUCUACGGCCAGUUCCCCUUUUACGACAGCAUACCUCAAGAGCUCUUCCGCAAGAUCAAAGCUGCAGAGUACUCUAUCCCAGAGGAUGGGCGGGUGUCUGAGAACACCGUGUGUUUGAUUCGUAAGCUGUUAGUGCUGGAUCCCCAGCAGAGGCUGACUGCAGCAGAAGUUCUGGAGUCUCUCAGCGGAAUCAUCGCCUCCUGGCAAUCUGUCUCAUCAGUGAGCGGCCCCCUGCAGGUGGUGCCAGACAUAGAUGACCAGCUCAACCAACCUGAGCAUCUGCAGGAGGUGAAGGUGACGGAGGAGUCGUCGCAGUACGAGUUUGAGAACUACAUGCGCCAGCAGCUGCUGCUGGCCGAGGAGAAGAACACUAUCCAUGAGGCCAAGAACUUCCUGACCAAGCGGCCCUUUGGCAACGUGCCGCCAGUGAGGCGCCUGGGCCACGACGCUCAGCCCGUCAGCCCGCUGGACGCCGCUAUACUGGCCCAGCGCUUCCUCAGGAAGUAGCACCAUGGCAACACCUGCGGCCAGGAGCAGGUCACUGUGAGCGGGAUGCCCCAUGGAACCGGCCUCGUGUGUGGCUGUGUGUGUUUGUGUGUUUUUGAGAGUGUUUGGGUGGGAAGACGUCAAGCAUAUAAUUUUUAUUUUUUAUUUUUAAUCCCAUCUGUUCCUCUUACUGGCCGAGGAAGCGGACUCUGGCUUGAGCAGCACACAGAAACUGUGGGGCAUAAAGCCCUAGCGUAUGCCCCCUCCCUCUCACUCUGACAGACAUUAUCAGCAAUACCUGAACUGAAUCAUGUAGCAAAUGGGCACACACAUCACACACAUGCAUACAUCUCUCAUUCUCCUUUUCUAUUCUCUCAGCACUUUCCAUGGGAACAUCUCAGAUCACCGGACCUCCAUCCCACCCUCUGCCCGUCUCUCCCUUUUCCCCUUAAAUCAGACCCGUCUGCAUUGGUCCCAUCUGCAUCCACGACUGCCAAUCUACCUCUUACAGUCUCUCUGUUUCUGUCUGUCAGUCCGUUCAGAACUAU